CUUCAGUCCUCCCCCAGGGAUGGAAGGAUGGGCUGUCUGGUUUGGAGCUUCCACGGGAUGAUGAUGUAACUGAAGGAAUCCAGGACCAUGGGAUCACGGAUCAGGGAAAAUCCCGAGAAGAUAUUCGACCUGUUCUUUGAAGCUGCCUGCCCAACACCGGAGGAUUAUGAUUCCCAAGUGCUUCGGCAGUUCCCUCUGGAGUUUGAGGACCAGGAGUCAAUUCAGACACUGCCCAAAUUUUGCUUCCCAUUUGAUGUCAAGAGGGUUAAGGAGAGCCCGGCAGUCCAGCACUUCACGUUUGCGCUCACUGACCUGGAAGGGAAACAACGCUUUGGCUUCUGCCAGCUGGGGAAGGGCUUCCACACCUGCCUCUGCAUCCUCAGUUACUUGCCCUGGUUUGAAAUUUUCUACAAGAUCCUCAAUGCCAUUGCUGACCACUUAGCCAAAAAGCAGUUCACCGAGCUGGACGAACUCUUAUCCAGGCUGUAUCUUCACCCUGUGCCGAAAUUCAACAGCUCCGUCAGCCUUGAAUUUGACCCAAAGGUGACCAAAUUGAAAAUUACCACUGGAAAAGAUCCGAAUGCACAACACCAAGACUGGAGCCGGGAUCUGGACUCCGGGUCAGCUCUGGCUUCCUACUUCAUUGGUCCUGAUCACAGCAAACUUCCCACAAUUCCAGAAAGUAGGAACCUCACCGAGUUCGUCGUGGCUGUGGAUGUGAACAACAUGCUGGGGCUCUACGCAAGCCUGCUCCAUGAGAGACGGAUCCUGCUCACCACCAGCAAGCUCAGCACGCUCACAGCCUGUGUGCAGGCCUCUGCCUCCAUGUUGUAUCCCAUGCACUGGCAACACAUCUACAUCCCUGCCCUGCCUGCCCACCUCCUGGACUACUGCUGCGCUCCUAUGCCCUACCUCAUCGGAGUCCACACCAGCCUCAUGGAGAGAGUGAGGUCCAAAGCCUUGGAAGAUGUGGUCAUUCUGAACAUCGACAGCAACACAUUGGAAUCGCCCUUCCAGGACCUAGAAAGCCUCCCAAGUGACGUGGUUACUUUCCUGAAAUACCAGUUGAAGAAACAGUCGGUAACUACUGGAGAUGGAAUAGCCCGAGCCUUCCUGCGGGCCCAGACGCUACUGUUUGGCAGCUACCGCCAGGCACUGGUUUAUGAACAGGGACAGCCCAUCUCCUUUUGUCAAGAGACCUUUCUGAAGCACGGAUCCAGCUCCGUGCAGACCUUUCUGCAGCGGGCAACACACCUGCAACUCUUCAAGCAGUUCAUUGAUGAGCGCCUGGAGAAACUAAAUGCAGGAGAGGACUUCGCUGACCUCUUUGAACAGGAGAUCAAUCAAAGUCUGUCCUCAGGCAACAUGCACUCUUAUCCGCUGUGGGUGAAGAACCUGAAGAAAGGCGGAGGAGCCCUAAUCAGUACAGUGAAAAACAAGGCUAAUCCUGCCGUCCGGAGCAUGUAUCAAUACGCCAAAGACCACGCUAAAGUGAGACUGAGGAAUUCACGGAGCCAACUAAUGGAAAAGGAUUCCGGUGUGGACCAGCACCAACAGAGAGGUCAUUCCCUGCACUGCAGUCAGAUCUCGAGUCCCAUCCAGAUUUCCAGGAACCAGCAGUCUGAGAACUUGCAAAGCCGACUGCCAAUCACGCAGCACUUCGGGAAGUCUCGUCCUCGGCGGCCGCAAAGACAGACCAGCACAUCAGAACUGCAGGCCCAAAGCACAGCUCCCGCACUUUUCCCCUUGGAGCCUGACGCCUUCGCUGCUGGAGGUGAAGACUUCGACCCGGGAUUCCUGGAACCAGGUGGGCUUGACCUUUUGGGAGAGAUCUUUGAGACACUAAGCUUCUUGGAGCCGAGCCGAUCAGGGCAGCCUCUUUUCGGAACCCGCAGCUUGGACUUUUCCAGCCUGGACGACAUGAACUUUUACACCCAGCUGAGACCCAGCGAGGAGACCCUCCACGAAACUCUGUCUGAGGAACAGGACGACGGCAGCUCUUCCCUUGAGGCCCUGGCCUCUCUUGAGGAGGAGGAAAAUUUGCAGGGUGCUUUGCUGCCAUCCAGAGGUGGUGGCAGCCCUGAGACCCCGGACAGUCCCAGCUCUGAGAACAUACCAGUUCCGCUGCAGGAGGAAGCAGAGGAGGCAACGGCUCCUUCUGAUUGUGAUCUGCCCCGGGAUGCACAGACCCACAACGCUGAUACCGAGGCUUCCACUCCUAGUGGAAGUGAAUUGGACACACAGGAGGUUGGACAGCCAUUUAGGGCCGAUCAAACACUUGCUUCCCUAGCAGCGCCCACACUCCCCGAGGCCGAACUGCCAGGACCCAGCGGCUCUGACGUCCAAUCCCCUGCAGCAAUGUUUCACGUGGACUCGGGCUUUCCAGCACAGGAAACUACCUUAACUGUUGGCCGGGUCACCAGCCCUCCCCACCCUUCAGUUGCCAGGAAUUUGACCCAGACCCGGGUGUCUGAAUUGAAGAAGAGAUUUGAGGCUUAGGAGGCUGCUGAAAUCAAGCCCACUGUGCCUCCGGGAGAAAGUGACCUUCCGUGCGGAGCUUGUCGAGCUGGCUCCAGACAAAAGCAUUCAACAGUGUUGUUAUAUUCUGAAAAACCACUUUUUAAAAAAUAGUCCAUUAAAGUGACUCCUGUACACACA